UUAAUUAACCGCACAUGCCAAUUAUCCUAUAGCGUUCCUUCCUGAUAAUCCGAUAUUGACGUGUGAGGAGGAUUUUAGAGCUAUUGCCUAGCUAAUAUUGUAAAGAAGGAGUAAAUGUCAUCAUCACUUGAUAUCAGUAGCAGCUCCACUGGGGGUGGGAGCAGUAGCAGCGUCGACUCUUCUCCCGACCAGAAGAAAAGCACCUCUUCUAAAAAAUGGGAGGAAAGGGAAGAAGAGGAGGAGGAGGAGGAAGAGGAUCAAGAUGAUGAUGAUGAUGAUGCUGCAACUGAUGAUGAAGAAGAUGACGAAGAAGACAAUGUAAUUUUAGAACUAAGAGAAGUCUACAAGCAAUCCGUUACCACCACAAUGCAGUUUGAAGACUCAAGCGAUUCACUUGAUGCUGAUGAUAGCGAAAAGAUUAGAGCUAAAUUGCGUGUCCUGAGAGACUAUGUUAAUGACUUACAGUCCAGCUAUGACGAGCUAUUGGAUACGUUUGGUGAGCUGGAGACGGCAGCCAAGGAGAAGAUUAAAACGUUGGAGGACAAACUUGCUAAAGCUGUGAACUCUCCAAUGAUGUUUAGUAAGGACUCAUCCACAACAGGUUUAGAAAGGGAAGAGUAUUCAGUGCAGUCACUACCACCACAAAUGAUCAAUAAGGACUCAUCCACAACAGGCUUAGAAGAGCAAGAGCCUUCUUUACAGCAUGUGCAAAUGAUCAGUAAGGAUUCAUCCACAACAGGUUUAAAAAGGGAAGAGUCUUCAGUUCCUCAAGUACAUGUACAAGUAGAUGCACGUGUACCUAUGAUGAAUAAAGAUUCGUCCACAACAGAUUUAGAAAGGGAAGAGUCUUCAUUACAAUCACUACCACAAGCACCUAUGAUGAAUAAAGAUUCGUCUACAACAGAUUUAGAAACCAAACAGUCUUUGCUUAGUGCAGAGAUAUUGAUGCACGAAGCUAAGAUCCAGCAGCUAACUGAUGAGAACCAAGAGCCUAGGUCCCAGAGAGACAAACUGGACUCAGUAGCACCAUCAGAUACUCAGAGAGAACCAGCUGGCAAUGAGGAACAAAUGAAACGCUUUCUCUCACUAAUCAAUUCAACCAGAAGACAACUGUCAAGCCUUUCCACAUCUCCUACAGUGAAUGAAGUGAGUGACUGGAACACUGACCAGCCAAACAAUGUUGAUCAAGUAGCACUGAAACUAGAAGAGGAUGUGUCCAGUUUGAGAGAGAAGUGGUCAGAGUUGAAUGCUCAGCUGGAAGAGAGUCAGGGAACCAUUGCAGAGCUCACAGGACGUGAGCUUGUACUAACUAGUCAAUUGGACCAGUCUUCAGCUCGUGUGGUUGUACUGGAGUCAUUGCUACAGGCACAAUCAACAAGCCUCAUGGGCCAAGAGGAACUACUGACUAAGGAUAACUCCUACCAAGAGAUGAGUGAUCUACAAGAAAAACCAAAGAGUCUCAUGACAUCUAGUACGGAAGAAUCCAGGGAACAAAUAAAUGUACAUGUACCUGUGUUUGAGAGAGACUGUCAUAUAGCAGAGCUUGAGACUAGAGUACAGGAACUGGAGUAUCAGUUACAAGAAUCAGAACAUAAUCGUGAGCUCCUCCUCAACGAGUCACAAUCAAACAUCAGGAAGUACUACUGGAACAAGGCGAGUAACCGUGACGACGAUGCGAGUGAUUCUACGAGUCAGAGCGAGGAGUUGAGGGAGGAGAGAGAUGAACUGAUUAAUGAGGUGGAAAGAGAAAGAGAAAAGGUUAGGGAGUUAGAGAAGGCACAAGAGAUUGCUCUUCAAGAAAUGGAACUCCUUCAAUCAAAAAUAAGAUCACUACCACAAAUAGAUAUGAUGAGUAAGGAUUCAUCCACAACAGGUCUAGAGAGGGAUUCUUCAUUGCAGUCACUGCCACAAGAUUCCUCCAUGAGGACCACAACAGAUUUAGAAACUGAACAGUUUUCAUUCCCACAACAUGUACAUGUACAUAUGAUGAAUAAAGAUUCGUCCACAACAGAUUUAGAAAUGAAACAGUCAUUGUUAUCACAAGCACAUGUUCAUAUGAUGAAUAAAGGUUCGUCCACAACUGGUUUAGAAAGGAAAAGGUCUCCAUUACAAUCAAUACCACAAGCACCUAUGAUGAAUAAAGGUUCGUCCACGACAGGUUUAGAAAGGGAGGAGUCUUCAGUUCCUCAAGUACAUGUACAAGUAGAUGCACGUGUACCUAUGAUGAAUAAAGAUUCGUCUACAACAGAUCUAGAAACUAAACAGUCUUUGCUUAGUGCAGAGAUAUUGAUGCACGAAGCUAAGAUCCAGCAGCUAACUGAUGAGAACCAAGAGCCUAUGACCCAGAGAGACGAACUGGAUCCUGCCAUGACAACAAAAAGAGCAGUACCAGACACUACUCGUGCAGACUCAGCUGGCAAAGAGGGACCAGUAGCACUGAAACUAGAAGAGGACGUGUCCAGUUUGAGAGAGAAGUGGUCAGAGUUGAAUGCUCAACUGGAAGAGAGUCAGGGAACCAUUGCAGAGCUCACAGGACGUGAGCUUGUACUAACUAGUCAAUUGGACCAGUCUUCAGCUCGUGUGGUUGUACUGGAGUCAUUGCUACAGGUCCAAUCAACAAGCCUCAUGGGUCAAGAGGAACUACUGACUAAGAAUAAAUCAGCAUUGAAUAUACUGAGAGAAGAGAUUGAGGAUACUAAGAAUAGCUAUGAGAUAUCCUGCCAGGAGAUGAGAGAGCUACAGGAGAAAUUGAGGAGUGCCAUGAUGUGCAGUGUGGAAGAGUCAAGACAGCAAAUAUUUGAGAGAGACUGUCACAUAGCAGAGCUUGAGACUAGAGUACAGGAACUGGAGUAUCAGUUACAAGAAUCAGAACACAAUCGUGAGCUCCUCCUCAAUGAGUCACAAUCAAACAUCAGGAAGUACUACUGGAACAAGGCGAGUAACCGUGACGACGAGGUGAGUGAUUCUACGAGUCAGACCGAGCAGUUGAGGGAGGAGAGAGAUGAACUGAUUAAUGAGGUGGAAAGAGAAAGAGAAAAGGUUAGGGAGUUAGAGAAGGCACAAGAGAUUGCUCUUCAAGAAAUGGAACUCCUUCAAUCAAAAAUAAGAUCACUACCACAAAUGAUGAAUAAAGAUUCAUCGACAACAGAUCUAGAAACCGAACAGUCUUUGCUUAGUGCAGAGAUAUUGAUACACGAAGCUAAGAUCCAGCAACUAACUGAUGAGAACCAAGAGCUUAGGACCCAGAGAGACAAACUGGACUCAGUUUAUGAGGAGGUGGUGAUGACAAUAAAGGAGCUGCAGGAUUCUUUGAGAGACGCUAAACUGGAUACUCACAAAGCUCAGACAGAGUCAGCUGGUAAAGAGGCUCAGAUGAAGCGUGUUCUCUCACUAAUCAAUGCAACCAGACUACAACUGUCAAGCCUUUCCACGUCUCCUACAGUCAACGAAGUGGGUGACUGGAGCACUGACCAACCAAACAAUGUUGAUCAAGUAGCACUGAAACUAGAAGAGGACGUGUCCAGUUUGAGAGAGAAGUGGUCAGAGUUGAAUGCUCAACUGGAAGAGAGUCAGGGAACCAUUGCAGAGCUCACAGGACGUGAGCUUGUGCUAACUAGUCAAUUGGACCAGUCUUCAGCUCGUGUGGUUGUACUGGAGUCACUGCUACAGGCACAAUCAACAAGCCUCAUGGGCCAAGAGGAACUACUGACUAAGAAUAAAUCAGCAUUGAAUAUACUGAGAGAAGAGAUUGAGGAUACUAAGAAUAGCUAUGAGAUAUCCUGCCAGGAGAUGAGAGAGCUACAAGAGAAACUGAAGAGUGCCAUGAUGUGCAGUGUGGAAGAAUUAGAAUCACUGAGACAACAGAUAAAAGAGCGUGAUGCCAGAAUAAAGCAAGUAGAAGAUGAAGCUACUGAUCUGUGGUCCCUCCACAACCAAACCUCCCUGGUACUGAAAGAAGGUGAGAGGGUACAGGAAGAGAGACUGAAUCAACUGGAGGCAGUGGAAGAAGAGCUGAGAGAAGCAAGAGAAGUCAUUGACCACCUGGAGAGUGAGCUGGAGAAGGAUUGUGAAAGCAGGCUCAAUGAAUUGGAUGAAGAGAGAGCACUACUGAUUGACAUCAUUAACCAGCUGGUGGGAGGAAACAUAGAAGAGACAAUGAGUAAUCCGACAGAUAUACAGGCCAGACUAGCUCAAAGGGAUCAAUUACUGUCAACACUCCAAGAGGAGACCGCUAGACUACUGGAGACACAUUCUCAUGCUUCACAUGAGGUUAAGGAGAGACAGAGGAUAAUAAAUGAUUUAGAGACAAGCCUUGCAUUAUCACAGGACCUCUGCAACACUUUGGACAAGAAAGUUAAUGGUAAUAGGGUCAAACUAGACGCUGUUCAAAGAGAGCUGGCAGAGAGUGAAAGGGAGAAAGAGAUUCUAGCAGAGCAAGUGAUAAAACUUCAAUUGGAAGCUGAGGACAUUUGCAGUGCUCUUGAAAAAGCCCUGAUCAAGAGCAAUAAGCUCACUGUGGAUAAUCAAUUAUCAGUGACAAGUCUUCAAGACCAGCUCAUGGUGGAGAGGUCAACCUCACGCUCCCUGAGAUCAAGACUCAGUGAAGCUCUUGGAGGAGUGGACAGUUUGACGGAUAAUCUUCGUGAGACCGUCGUACGACUAGAGACUGAGAAUGAGAGACUGAGACUAGAGAAAGGACAUAUUGAAGAAGCAAUGUCUAACCUUCACGAACAAUUGGAUGAAGACAGCAGUAAGUAUCAGUCCAUGCAUCAAGAACUAACAGAAGCACUGGCACUCAUGGAAGAGUUAAAGAGACAAGAGUCACGGGCUAGAGCCGACAGGAACGAAUCUGAGGUAUUGGCGGAGAAAAGACUCGAGGAACUUAGUCUCUCUCAAGAGAAGUGCCACACACUUCAUUGCAUUAAUGGACAACUAGAAGAAGAGAUUAGGGCAAUGAAAGAAAAGCAGGAUAGCCUCCAGCAAAGUGUACAAGACACUUCAAAUAGUUUACGCUCAUUGUAUGAUUCAAAAUGUUUAGAGUAUGAUCAACUUCUGUCAGAGCACUCUGUUCUCAUUGAGAAAGACACUGUCAUCUCAGCACAGCUUGAAGAGUGCCACAAAGAGCUAAAGUUAUGUAAGAAGAGAGCAUCAGAGCUUGAUAGUCGAUACAAGGAUUCACUGAAGGAGCUGGAAAGGACUCAAACAGAACUGGAUGUGUUGAGAACAAGUGGAAAGGCACAGCAGAAUAGUGAUAGAAAGGCGACACAGAAAAGGCUACAGAUGCUAAAUGAGAAGGUUUCCUUACUUGAGAUACAGCUAAACACGACCACCGAGAGACUCGAAGAGACUGAACAAGCUCUCGUGAGCGUCGAACAAGAGAAAAGGAAACUCCUCCACAAAUUAAGCACGUUAGAGGAGCACUACAGCUCACUGGUUAGGAGCCACUCCCAACAGAAACUGGAACUGUCUCAUUCUCAGAGGAAGCUUGAUCGUCAGCACAAGCAGUUCUCCUCGUUACAGAAAGACUACGACACAGUGGUAGGACAGAUCAGUGACUGGGCGGAUACACAGAGAUCCUCUAGUGAGGGACUCAUCAACAAAAUAAAGGAACAAGAUGAUGAGAUAAGCUCACUCAAAGCACAAAAGAGGGAGGCUCAGGCUGAGACCGAAACAUUGAAAUCACAGUUCCAGCAAAAAGAGCAGACCUCGCCUAAUGCCCCAUCUACGAAUGGCCACUCUGUUCCUAAUAGCCUUCGUAAAUUAGACCUCCAAUAUCAGGCCACCCUCGAAAAAGGAAUGUCAGGCGCUAGCGCUAGUGUUAUGGAUACUUCUGGUUACUCUAGUCCGACUGUUGAUUCCUCAGAUGAGAUGGAUAAACAGUAUUGGAUUAGGCGAUCAGCAGAGCUAUCAAUUCAGCUUCAGGAAAGCAGUGAAUACUGGACUAAUAGAGUACGUGAGCUGACUCUUACCAAAUUGAAAAGCACCUCUUCAUGAAAUAGUCAACUUAAAGAUUUUUUCAUUCCCCCAUUACAAUUAUUAAUAAAAUUUUGUCAUACAAACAUAUUCAAUUUAUUAUUAUUGCUGGCCUUCUUCUCGUAAUAAUAAUAAUAAUAAUGGUUUAUUUUUUCAUUUUUCUUUUGAGUGUAAUUAAUUCCCACAUAAAACUGACUUGUUAUCAUAA